GUGUGACCUCGUAUGAGGAUCUUGGCAACAGGUUCAAGAGGGCCCAUGACAGGAUCAAGGAUUCCUGCGAAGGGUUUCCUGACAACAUCGUCCAGGAGCUUCCGUUGGUCUUGGGGGAUGCCGAGGUCAAUGAUGUGGCUGUUGCUCAGGGAUGGAAAGAUGAGUUCCUGAAGCCUGUUUCUUGUGCAAAGGCUCCUCCGUCCAGUGUUGCUGAGUUCUUUGCAGGCAGGCGUCCGGCUGCAGCACCUGUGCCGGCGUUGCCUCACCCCCCUGCGCGCAAUUCGUCAAUUGCGUCAAUUGCCCCAAUUGCUGUGACAACAAGCAAAGCUGCUCCGCCAGCUCCAGCCAGCCCAGCUGCUGAGGCAGCUGCUCCGCCAGCUCCAGCCCGCCCAGCUGCUGAGGCAGCUGUGAGAGAUGCCACUCCACCAGCUGAGCCUAGCCCAGAUGGAGAUGCCCAGGGAGCUGAGCCUAGCCCAGCUGUGGACCUGGCUGUCGAGCCUAGCCCAGCUGCUGAGGCAGCAGCUGUGACUGUGCCAGCUGCAGAUGGAGAUGGCCCACCCAUUUGUCUGAUUUGCCAGCAGGAGAUGACCAAUGGCGCGAUGAAAUCACGCCCCCGGCUGGUGAUCGAGCUGUUCGAGGAAGGGCGUGAGGACUUUCAGUCCCUGACUACAGACUUGGAGCCCUUUGCUUGCGAUCACCCAUUGCUGAAGUUUGGCCAAGUUGGCUACAAUGGACCUGCUGGCUUCAUGUGGGACUUUGCCUAUGUCUAUGACAACCUUCAUGCUUUGGGCGAAAAGAAGCAGAAGUACAAGAUGUUAAAGGAGCUCCAGAAACAAUGCUGUGAAGGGCAACACUUGUCCAGGGAAGAUUUGCAUGUGAAAAAGGAAAGAAGGCGAGGGUGCUUGGCCGUUGAUGCAGUGAGCACAUUGCUUGUCUUCCACUUUUUGCUCGACUUGCUCAACAAAUCAAGAACUGAUGCCGAAGCGCUGACUAUGAGAAACUAUUUCAAAGAUGUUGGCAUGCUGGUCACCCAGGAAGCAAGUCGCCACAAUGAUAUGCUGAAGUUUUCAGUUGGUGACUUUCCUAUGCAUGUUCUGCCUACAGGGAAGUUGCAAGGCUUUCGUUUGAACUCCGAUGCAAAUCUGCGGAAGAUGAGUCCUCAUGAGAUCUGGCGUGUCAUUGAGCAAAGCAAGGAUACUGGGGUGUCAUACCAAAAGAUUUGUGCUCUGCGAAAAGAUGACCCACAAGGAGGAAUCAGUGAGCAGCUGACGUGGGUUUGGCAGAGAAAAUUGUUGUCAAUGUACAGGCAGUCAUCAAGGCUAAGUUUCUUGAAUGUGAAGAACUUCGCCAUUGUCACGGAUGCCUCAACUCAUAGCAACAAGGACUACCUGAUGAGCCUGGCCUAUGACCCUGUAAAUGGAGUAGGGGCUCACAUGUGCUCAGUUCACGUCAGGUCAACAAAAGUGUUACACCCACAGGAGAUGGAGCUGACACCAGAAGCAGAGCGCUUGGCAGCGAGACGGGAAAUUGAACGGCUUAGCAGCUUGAAGUUCUUGCAAGGCCUUUCGGCCCAGAUAUGCAAGUUGACUGACCUUCGCUUGGAUGAUUUUAAAUUUCCUGAAGUCUUGCUCAAAAUGUUGGAGCUGCAACCAGGCGAUAACUUCUUCUUUGACGACAAUGUCGCAGUGCUGAAUGGAGAGGAGUUUCAAUUAAGUCAAUUACGUCAAUUGUCUGAUUUGCCUUGUUUGCAUUGCAUCAUGGACCAAGGCAAAGUUGGCUGCGCAGCUGCUGCCUUUGUCACUUCCCAAGCUGGCCUCCAAAUCCACUUCACCUUCGACAAGAUUCACCGCCUGUUGAGAGACCUGAAAAACCCAAUCAAAGCAGCUGGCUUGGAAUCUUGUGUUUUGGCAACAACGUAUCUGUUCAGCGUCAACACCAAGCCUUUUGGAAGUGGCCAAUGGUUUACGGAAAAAACUCAGAUCUUGGAAGCAUUCUUUGAAUCCAACAGCUUUGACUGCCAAUGGUUUCAGGCAUUGAAAGAGAGAAUUGCCAAUGAUUUUGGUAUGGAAGGGUGCUCCGACAGGGAGAUCUGGGACUCCAUUCCCGAGCAAUUGGAAUCGUGGAGGCUCAAGGGCGGACUUGCCAAGGCAAGCAGAUGGUUUUCCUGGAACGAAGGAGCUGCUGUCCACUUGAAAGAAUGGCAUAGCUCCCUCAUGCUCCUCUCGUGGUACUUCCCAACAGAUCUUGACACUGAUGGUCAGUCUGGUUUGUUAGGCCUCAAAGGCUGUUUGACACAGAUGUAUUGGGAAGAUGCCCACAUCAUCUUCAGAGUUCAAUAUGGAAUGUGGUCGUGGUACUCGCAGCAGAUCCAUGAUGUCAAAAGCCCAGAGCAUGCAAUCAUUGAAUCUUUGGAAAUGGUCGAGUCAUGGAUGAGUCAUCAGUCUCUCCAGACCCUUGCUGAAUCGUGGAGCGCUCAAACUUGGGCCGAUGUUGAGCGGUUUGUGCCUGACCAGGAGGCCUUCAUUGCCAGAGUGAAUACCUAUGCUCUUGGAUGCUUGAUGAAUCGUUGCGCAACGCUUUCCAAGUUCUCAGCUCCACCUGAGACAUGGGUUGGGCUUCUAGAUCCCCAGCAAGCACAGGUGACAAGAAUGCGGCUCUUGAAGGAGUAUCGUUGGUUUCAAUCCUUGCGGUGCAGCAUGGCUCCUUUUGCAGCAGAGCUUGCCAGUGACAUUGAGACGGUCUUCGAUUUGCCUUGUCGUCAUUUGUGUCAUUUGUGUCAUUUGUGUCAUUUUGACUUUGGAGCAGCGCAAGAGCUGGCCAAGCUGCUGAUUGGUGGCUUUGCGGAUUCAAAAGUGGUUGAGGACAUUCACCAAGCAUGCAGGGUGGCCACGAACCCAGGCAGCAACAAGAAGCUCUCUGGAGCUACGUUGCAGCUUGUUUGCCAAUUCUCUGAGGUUUUGGACAAGAGAGGGAUCGUCCAUCCAGCUGCCCUAACCCGUGAAGAAUUCUUGGACAAGUGGCCUGAUGCCAGAGAUGAUUUCAACUGCCGCCAGGAAUUCAAAUCAUCCAGCCAUAGUCUACCAGCUCGCUACUCAGGGAUUCUGACGAAGAAGAUGUGGCGCACUGUCAGUGAGGAUUGGCUUCGAACCUCAUACGGGGCAUGGCAAUGGAUGAUUCAAUACUGCGGGCAAAGGCUUGCUGACCAAGGUGUUCGCCUGGAGGAUGGUCUUCUGAACCGCCUUGCUUUUCAAGGGCAAGUGAUUGAAGUCAAUUUUGUCUAUCUACUCAUUUUGGGCAAUUUGAAGUGGCAAGCCCUUGCUUGGCCGUUGAAGCUUGUGGACGCUGCUGAUGAUGAUUAUCGCAUGAUGCGAUGGGUUUUGGAUUCGUCGUCAAGUUGUCAAUGGCUGCAAUGCUCUCUGAACAUGCCAGCUUUUCAAACAAAUUCAAAGCUAGUCUGGAGCAAUGAGUUUGGCAUCCACUGGCAACAGGUUGGGCCUCCUGAAACAUUUGCGCAGAAUUGCUUGCGGCGCUCCAAUGGCCUGACAUUCACAGAUCUUUGCUUGAUGGGGAGGCAUCUUUUUGGCUCCGAAAUCAAAGAGAAGUCUAGGAAGGACAUCCUUUUGAAGCUGGCGUUGCAUUUCGGAGAUGACUUUGCAGAGCUGGUCUUGGAGUGCGACUCUAAGACGACAAAGAAGUCAUCAUCUGAUCCAGAUCAAGCAGCUUUGGUAAAAGCUGUGUUUGACCACUUGGACGCGGAUGAGCAGAAGGAGUUUCGCUCUGUCAAGGAGAAUGUCUACAGGGAGGAGAAAACUCAGAAGCAAUUGAAGUGGCGCAAAUUGCUCAACGAAAAAAUGGAGGAGCAAGCAGAAGCAAGCGAUGCUGUGAAGAUGGAAGACGAAGAGGAUUUGGAGGAAGAAGAAGCUCAAGUCAAUUUUGUCAAUUCAGGCAAUUGCGUCAAUUCAGAUGUGGAGGACCCACUGCCAAAUCCAGGCCCAAGUGCAGCUUCAGAAGAUGACGAUCAAGAGAAAUGGCUGGAUGACAAGCUCCAACAGAUUUCUUCGUUAGAUUUCUAUGAUUUCUUGGCCUUCAGCAAAUUCAAUAGGCGUGUCGACUGGCCAGAAGGACUGCAUCAUGUCAAGUCCACAUGUCAAGACUUUCUUGAUUUUGACCAAGAGAAUGGCGGCAGGGCCUCGAAAGUGUGGCCUUCAUUUUUGUGUGAAGCAUAUCCUUUUUUGCGCGGCGCAACAUCGUGCUUGGAGAUGAUGGUGCUGGUUGCUGAAAGGUUUCUUUUCAAUUUGGUCAAUUUCAAUGAAUUGGAUCAAUUGGAAUUUGUUGAGUUUUGUGCUGGCCGAGCCCAUCUCAGUCGAGAGAUGCUGCGUCAAGGAUUUCACCAAGGAGCUUCUGUGGACAUUCUUUUUCAUCCCCACCAUGACAUGUUGAGUUCCAAGGGGCUGAGGACUUGGUUUGACAUGGUAGUGGCUUCUCGGCGAAAGUCGUUACACUGGUUUGCUACCAGAUGCUCGAGCUUCGUCCCGCUCUGUAUCUCUCAAAGCAUGAGAUAUGAGGAGAAUUCAUUCUACGGGGAUAGAAGCAGGCCAUGGGUGGAGCAGGGCAACCUUCAACAGGAAGUAACUGCAAUGAUGAUGUUCUUCAGUUUCCUCUUGGAUUGCAUUCCGGUGUUGGAGCAACCCACAGGGAGUGUGCUUCCAAAACUACCAUCCCUUCGUAAUGUUUUGUGGUUCUUCGACUUCAAGAAGACAGUUACCUACAUGGGAAGCUUUGCUGGCCCAACAAGCAAGCCUCUCCAGAUCUGGCAUCCGUCUUCAGGGCCUGGCUCCCUAUUUGCAGCCAUCGCCAGGCCAAGGCCAGAUGGCUUGGACAAUUUGGCUUCCAGUGGCCAGAGCUGGGAUGGAAGCCACACUUACACUGGCAAUAAGGAGAUGCUCAUCCAAAGCGAGCACUACACGCCAGAGUUUGGCGCUUGUGUCGCCCAAAUCUACGAGCAGAUUCGAGCUUCGUGA